UGAUUGGGACCGGAAAUUCGUUAAAAAUAUUGCGUUGUUCAACUUUAAAAGUGAAGAGUAAAUAUAAGAUAGAUCAGCAUAUCUGCUUGGACGCGAAUCGAAAUGUAUCUUUCGUUCACAUUGUUUUUGGUUCUUCUUGCCUCUGUGGCAAACGCUGAGGUCGCGAGUGAAUGUAAUUCCGCAGCAGUGAUAAAGACAUGGCAAACACAAUCGCUCUGCGCUCGCCGGGAAAAGAUGGGAGUACUUAUUGGUUAUGGCUACAACAUCAAUCUACCUCACGUAUACGGUGACUUCGCUGUCCUUGGCAUUGAUCCUACUGAUAUACGAAAAAAAGUGAUCAUGCAAGGACCAUCGGAAUGUGAUUGCACGCAAAGCUUUUGCCUUACUUCCGAACAAAGCGAACGACUCUUUCAAAUUAAUAUUGACCGUGCUCACAAACAAAUUUCAAGCAUACUCCGUUCCAGUCCAGGCCCGAUGCCUUGCUGCGACAUUCAAAAUUCACUCACGGCGCUUGCUUUUACAUUCGGAAUUGAUUUUCUGAAAGAUAUUCCCGAUGGCUUGUCCCACAUCAACAAUGGUCAUUGGCAAAAACUUGGCGCUGGGCUUAGCACGCGCCGUUGGUGUACCGUGACUGAUCACUGCAGUCCGCUAGCACAGAGAAUCAUGAAUGGCUGUGCUAAUGUUACAGACAACCUUGGUUGUGCACCACCGACACCGCAAUCGUGUGAUUCAGCAGGACGAUACUGUUGCGCUGCCAACAAUACCUGCUGUUCAGUUUCCCAAUCAAGACGGAAUCAGGCGUACUGGUGUUGUCCAUUAGCUGGUGCUGCAUGUUGUUCAUCCAGCAAUAGUUGUUGUCCGAAGAAGUAUCCAGUUUGUUGUGGCAAUACCAACUCCUGUUGCUUUGUGGAUUUUCCAGUGUGCUGUUUUCCAGGAACGUCACAAGCCUAUUGUUGUGCUGCCAGUUCACCAGUUUGCCUGGGCGAACAGCAUUGUGGCUCGCUUGAUCCAAACAUCCGUCCAGUGUUAGGGAAAGUAAACAGAGCCAAUCAACCUCCGCAACUAGAGAUUGUUCACUGAAGUGGGGCAAUUAUGGGAAUGAUUUUUCAAAUAUAAAAAAAAGGAAUUAAUUUCAAUAGAUUAUAACUAUAAUAAUACAGCAUCUCGUGAAUCAUUGAAAUAAAAGGUUAUUUCAUGGUCUCCAUGUAUACCAUUCAUUUCAGUACAAUAGUAAAAAAUAUAGACAAACCAUGUAGGCUCGCAUUGCAAUUUGACAUAAUCGACAUGUCGUAAUUCGCUAUAUACAUAGGCUCUAUUGAUUUUUACUAACUUUGACCAAAUAACCUCAUUAUCCAUGUUUUCCAGUUUAUUUACCGUCUUUCUCGCACGAAUAUGUUACUUUCUCAUUCAUCUUAUUCCUGACUAAACUGACAAUCAAGUAACAAUUACUUGUAAUAACACGAAAACGAGGCCAUUGGGUCGAAUAAACGGAAGAGUCGUAUGUCAGCUUAUUUUCACUAUCAGUGGUUUUGGACGGGAUAAGGUCAGUCAGGGACACCGGGACGAUCUUUAUUGACGCAUACGAAAGAAUGCAUGUUGAACUUCGCCAAGGUUGGCUAAAGCAGAAUUAUUAACAAAAUUCAAUGAAACUCUUUAAAUUAAAGGGGCAUCUGUAGCCUCCUGGGGCCGGUUGUAUAAAACUGCACAACUUUGAUUGGCCAAUUCUGCCUUUAACUACAGUUAAAAGUUAAUUAACUAGCCUUUUUAUACAACUGGCCCCAGCCCUUGCUGGUAAAAAGUGGAAAUUGGUAAGACUUAAGGCGCAAUUCUUAAUA